UUUUGACAAUCGCGAGUGGAACGCGCGUGAUCAGUUCCGCGUAGUUUCAGUAGGUGUUCUGUGGUAGUUUAUGGUGCGAAUUUGCACUUGUUGCGGGACGCGCCUCUAUCCUAGUAGUAAACUCGUUGACCCUCUUGGACGUGCCACGAAAGUUCCAUGAAAUCGGACGCUGCUACUGCCAGGAUGAAAACUAGCUGGCAAGCUUGAUGGUCCGUCGACAUGGUACCCGGGCGGCGCGUUCCGCAUGACGGGUGUUCACGAGUCCUCUGCAGCGAUCAGUACGUCAUGCCCGACUUGUCAACUCUCAGGGACACGCACCUCGCGGCGAUCCUCUUCCUGAGCCGCGCGGCGAAGCCCUACGAUGCCACGACGGUGCUAGCCGGCAUCGAAGAACACCUCGAUGACGCCGCGCGCCUGACCAUGCUGGGACCGUACGACUGCGACCACAUCUGGUUGCUCAGGUUCGCGGACGCCGAAGCCCGCGACAAAGUCGUCAGCGCGCCGGACAUCGAAUGCGGCGGUCACCCGGCCUACUGCGUCGAACCACAGCCCGAACAUUCGCUACACCGGGGACGCUGCGUCGCUGGAGGCCUGGGCUGGCUGUGUGGUGCAAGUCAUCCGGACUACUGGCUCAAAAUACUAGAUGUGUCGUUUCCUCCCGAAAACACCAAAUGUCUGCUUUCAAGAUCUUAUAGCUGGGAGUGUGAUGUCGUGGGGCCACGCUACGAAGAGUCAGACCUGGGCACGGAAGGGGAUAAUGUCGAGGAUGAAGAAGAGUUGGAGAAGAGGCAGCUGCUGGACCGGGAAGCUGCUCUCAUGGCUGAGAUGGGACUGCCAGCAUCCUUCACAUCUGCGAGACGCGAUGGCGGAAGGAGCCAGGGUGAUGCCUGUGCUGAAAAUGAAGAGCUGCUGUGUUACAAUGAGCCUGAAGAUCAGAGCUCGGCAGCUACUGUGGACGACUGGCAAAACUUUUGGGAGAAAAACGGAGACAACCUCGUGUGGCAGUCCUGGGUUCAGCGCUACGGCGAGUACAUCUCUCCGGAGUACCUCGAAGAGUACUCCACUGUUGCAUCGGGUGGCCAGGUAGCUUCCAUUUCAGGAGAUAGCGCUGCAGCACUACUAGAUGGUGCAAACGAGGGAAGACAGCCGGAGGUCGAAGUUGCUUCUUCAGCGCUCUCUGCAGACCAGUCUGCCGGAGGUGAUGUCCAAAUGGAGAAUGAAAAACUCAGUGGAGGGACUUGCCUCAAUGAAGAGUCUGUGGCUGCAAUACUGCCUUCCGGCCAGGGUGGCCAGUCUGGCAACGGCAGCGCCUGCAGUACUACCAAUGAAGGUGGGAAAGACGACUACAAAGAACGUCUCGAGCAUGACAGAGUUGAGAAUACUUUGCACAAGGGGCAUCCGGAAGGUGAUGAUGGAAGUGCCGUUGCUUCUGCUCAGAAGUCCGACGAUGAGCUGUGGAACGAAGUCUGGGAGCAGCAUUACUUCGAAGUGUACAACUAUUAUUACAGCCUUUUUGGCCAUAGCAGUCAGGUACAUGGCAGCACGCAGCAUUCCGGGUUAACAAAUGUCGGCACCGCUGCUUCAGAUGCAGAGCAGAUGAACUUUGCUGGGACAGUGGAGCAUACGAACCCUGCCGCCUUGGAACAGCUGGACACCGUCCAACACCAGUCCAAGGCGAUAAACGGCACCUUGGAGCCUUUUGGCUGUGCUAGCAGCGAGAACAGGGCUUCAGGUACCUGUAAUGGAACUCACUGUGAAACUGCAGAUUGUGAUAAAGACGAACAGGUCAGUUCUACUGACUCAAUGGUGAAAAGCGACUGCGCAGUCAGCGAAGGGGACGUUGUCUUGCUCGAAGACGAGUGUGAUUUGAAGCUGAUGAAGCAGAUGGGCCUGCCUGUGCAGUUUGCAUCAGCUGGGCAGCAGAAAAAGCCAAAGAACAACAAGAAAUGCCGGUCCAAGCGUUCCUCAAAACUUAAGAACAAAGACUUCCCAAGCUGGGACCAAUACUGGCUUCACAAUGGCAGCCACCUUCUGUGGGACUCGUGGAUUGAUACGUACCCAGAGUUUCUGGAACCCUUGUUCCUGGCAUCGGUGGAACUCGACCGGUCAUUGCCAAAUGCAGACGAGUGCCUCCGAAGGUGCCCUCCUGUUGGUGAGAAUGACCUCGCUGUUUCGUUGCAUCGUGGUGGUUCUAAAAUGCCAAAAGAUGCGAGCCUUUGGCAGGAACUUUGGAAUGCCCAUUGUGAUCGUGUGUGCAGACUCGAAUUUGAGAAGUACAAACAAAUUGUGUGCGAGGAAACUUACGAAACCAAAGUGCGAAGCGAAAGGCACGAUGAAGGCGACAUAGUCAUCGAAGCUGCCAGGAUCAGCGCCCAAAGUGAAACAUUUGACGAGGUGACUGGGGAGAGUGCGCAGAACUCUGGGCUGGUGCAACACAACGGACAAAAGUCUGACGGUGCCCGGCAGUGUCCAUCGGGUUCUGGGAACGGGGAUUGCGACGGUUCCUCAUGCUCGUCCAACACGAAAGGCUCAAGUGGGGAGAAUGCAUCUAGUCCUUCUACUAGCGCUCACUUUGCGGAAAGUGGUGCUGGCACCAGAAAGGCCCAAAAUGGCAACAGUGACGACGACGGAGACGACCCACCUGACGAGAGACCUGUGAAGCUGAAACGGAGUCACGAGGAGGAUGCAAACUCUGACGAAGAGGAUGCGUUCAGAGCCCUCAUAUCCUAUGGACUGUCUCUAAAGGAAAGCCUCAAGGGACUCAAGUUGGGUCCUGGAGCAGCCAAGUCUCACGUGGCAAACAAAAAGAAACGCAAGAAGUUGCGCAAACAAAGCGCACUACGCCACCAUCUGGAUUGUCGCGCAGACUCGACGUCCAAUUCUCCUUCCGAAGAGCCAGCGAUGCCGAGCUACAUAAAGGACAACCCUGAAUUGACCAAGUACUGGUUUCAGCGCUACAGGCUGUUCUCGCGGUUUGACGAAGGCAUAAAGAUGGAUGAAGAGUCCUGGUUUUCGGUGACGCCAGAGAACAUUGCCAAACACAUCGCGAAUCGAUGCAAGGCUGACGUUGUGAUCGACGGCUUUUGUGGAGCUGGGGGCAACAGCAUCCAGUUUGCCCGAGUGUGCGGCCGUGUCAUAGCCGUGGACAUCAACCCGGCUAAGGUGGAGAUUGCGCGGCACAACGCGGCCGUGUACGGUGUGGCAGACAAGAUCGAGUUCAUCGUUGGCGACUUCCUGGAGGUAGCUCCACGACUGCAGGGCGACGUGGUCUUCCUGAGUCUGCCCUGGGGAGGGCCCUCGUACCAUAAGAAACGGUCUUUUGACCUCAGAGACAUGGAGCCCGACUUAUUCCAGACAUUCGCGCUGUGCAAAAAGAUCACAGAGAACAUCGCCGUGUUGCUCCCUAAGAACGCCGACGUUGAUCAGGUUGCCCAGCUGGCUGGUCGGGGAGGUUCGGUUGAGAUUGAGCAAAACAUGCUGAACAAGAGGGUCAAGACCAUCACUGCCUAUUACGGCGGUCUCAGGGCCUCUUCAUCCAGCGCUUCCCCCAACGCGAGUGCGCCGCAAGAUCUGCAGUAACCCGCAUUGAAUCAAGUGCAUUACACAGACCUGCCUGUACAGUCGUGAAAAAGUGUCCACAUGUGUACUUGACUCAUCGAUGUGAUCCAAGAUCAACUGGAAGUUUCCACUUGUUUGUCAGACUAAAUGUCUUUUGCUGAAUGAUGUUUGGCACAUCCUCGUUUCUUUUUUCGUCUUUUUUUUUCUAUAUGGAUGCAGUGUAUGUAGGUAUGCCAGUGUACAAGGUACCUUUGGGGCAUACACUUUAAACUACACUCUGUGUUUUAAAGGUUACCUGUGGUCCCUUUUGUAAUGAAGAUCUUGGGGUACAACAGGAGUGAAAAAAGUAGCUGUGCUACUUGUACAUAAUAUUUAUGUGUAAAUAGUUUAUGAAAAAGAACAAUAUAAGGGCUAUUAACACAACAAAUCUACUAGUGCACAUCAUGCUGUUCAAGAAGCUACAUAACAAUGGCACUUAGUGGCUGAGUGUAUUGCAAAUGUAACACAAAAAGGCAUUAUAUUGGCUGUUUAGUUUAACAGAUGAGGAAAAA